UGCGGGUUAUGCAGCUGUCACGUCAUGAUACCCUUAUCGAUGUCGGUUGAGUUAUUGUCUUUAUUAUCACAGCUGCCAAUUUAACUGUCAAUUUAUUAAUAUUCGUUCGACAUAGUUCCCAUAUUUGAAGGUUUAAGCAGUGUUAUGUUAAACUUAAAAGUUAAAUACUAAAAUAGUGCUGCUGUUCAAUAGCCUCUUGCUGGUUUGCUUCUCGUCUGAUCAUCAUUAUGAUGUCAACGUAGACGAUAACUGGGUUUUAUACUGAACGACGUUUUUUUUUUUUUUUUGACGCUGAAUAACCCAGGACUACUAGUAUGUAUAUUGUUGAAGCUUACUGGAGAGAUGAAUGCAAUAAUAGUUUUGAUGAUAGGAAUUACCAUGGCAACUGGCGAAGUACACAGCAUUCAAAACAGAUAUAAUUCGUUUGAUGGUAUGGACAUACUAGUUCCAUACAGUGGCCAUCACGGACCACGAUUGAGAAGAAACCGACAUAUCAGAGAGUGUCAGAGUUUUAAAUACGGCAAUGUGACACAUUCCAAGCACCCGGCGCACAAAUCGGACAAAAUUGAUUUUCCACUCAUCGUCUCAAAACACGCACUUCAUGACAUAGGUGAUGCCUGGAACAAGAGGGUAGUGAACCUUCAUUAUGAGUUGGUGGGGAACCCACUGAGGACGUUGUCGGUGUUAGAGCCACUGGCCCCAGGCUCGUGUAGAAAGGGGGAAGGGCUGAGAGCGACUGUGAAACAGAGCAGUCGACAAGCAAACUGUCUGCUGGCUAUCAAUGCUGGAUUUUUCAACACGCACACCGGAGAAUGUCAUGGUAACAUCUUCAGUAACGGCCAUCUCAUCCAGGAUUCGGGAGGAAUUCAGAAUGCUCAUUUUGGAAUUACCAGAGAUGGUUACAUAUUUGUUGGAUAUUUAUCAGAGAUAGAUCUGCUGACUCAGCACUUUACUCAGCUGGUGGGUGGAGUGAUCUGGUUGCUAAGAGACGGGGAGAAAUAUGUCAAAGAGAGUCUGAAGUUUGAGUGUUCAGAUACAGAGGAGACGGGAACUUUGAAACAAUUUGUGGACGUGAGGUCAUCCCGGACUGCCAUUGGUCACGACAAACACGGACAUGUUUUGAUUAUCCAGGUUGAAGGCAAGACUGGAACUAAUGCAGGUGUCAGUCUGUGGGAGUUUGCCGAUAUUCUUCUUGACUAUGGUUUAGUGAAUGCGAUCAACCUGGAUGGGGGAGGUUCGUCCACCAUGGUCGUCAACCAGACUGUGAUCAACUACCCCACAGACAAGUGUGAAGACAAGAUGUUUAACUGUGCGCGCAACGUGUCGACCAUCGUGUGUGUCCAUGAACCGGCAUGUGAACCCCCACACUGCUCACAUCAUGGCGUCUGCCAGCGGGGACAGUGCGUCUGUUCGGGGUACUGGUCGGGGCCGGAAUGUAAUGUCCUGUCUUGUCCUGAUAACUGUAGUAGACGUGGACACUGCAAGAAAGAUGGGUGUUUAUGUGAUCCUGGUUGGCAUGGUAACAACUGUUCCCUCGCGUGUCCCGUGUUGAGGUUCGGUCAGGAUUGUUCCCAGCAGUGUGCAUGUCAGAACGGAGGUGUCUGUGACACUGUCAGUGGAAGCUGCACGUGCAGGGCGGGAUACACGGGGCAGUUCUGUCAGUCAAUUUGUCCAUAUGGUUUCUUUGGCGCUAGAUGUAAAAGUGUGUGUUUAUGUGAAGAGAGCUGUUUUUGUGAUCAUGUCAAUGGGUCAUGUGACAAUGGUACACAUUAUGCUGUUUUAAAACAAGCCAGUGAGUGUGUCACUCGACAGGUGAUUAAGAAGAGGAAUCUUGUUGUCGAUCAGGCUGACCAGUACAACAAGUGUUUGGUUGGUGUGGUGGUGUUGAGCAUCGUGUCAUGUCUGAGUCUCAUUCUCAACAUGUAUUUGACGUGUGCCUAUGUGAACGUUCGUAAGAAGCAGGCUGCUGUGACACGCGACGCAGUCAAAAAGACGAUCAAAAAGUUUGUUUUCCACAACAGCACGGACGCCGAUUCAGAAACGCUGUCGGAUGAUGUCGAUGAAGUGACUAGCCUCGUUUCUUCAUCACAGAACGGACACAGAUGAUAUUUCGCGGAUUCAGACAUCCAGUUACAUGUAAAUUAGUUUACUCAUCCUCACUUCGGCAUUCCAUUAAAAUUUAUAAGCAGUAGUGUGGUUAAAGGGGCAUUCUCAUUAAGUGAUUAGUCACACUGACUUGUUGCAGGCAAUCUAAUCGUACUGUGAGAAAAACAAGUAGUCAUAUGUCCUAUUUCUCACAACAAAUCAGAUAUGACAAGUCAGUGCGACAAAUCGCAUAAAUAGAACACCAUUUAAGUAAAUUGUUUGCCUACAGUGUUCAUGUUAGUGAGAUACCUUUUAAUAGAUUAUGCGUACAAUACAGGUGCAGUGAUAUAGGGGGACAGAUUUUUGGGGGAAUUCUGGACAUAGAACCACCCCAAAAGUUCUUUGAUAAAAGGUUUCCAGUAACCCCGUUUGUUUUAACCCUCAGUGCCUACUAGGCAAAUGUUCCUGUGCCUAGUAUGUUCAGUGCAUUACAUUAAUAAUAAAAUAUCACUUACUGUAAAGAUGAUUGUGUGCAUGUGAGUAGUGUAUGUCAGUGUAAAUAUAUCACUCUUUGUAAAGAUGAUUGCGUGCAUGUAGUAGUGUGCAUGUGUGUGUGUGUGAAUAUAUCACUCUCUAAAGAUGAUUGUGAGCACAUGAGUAGUGUGUGUGUGUGUGUGUCUGGAUGAAUAUAUCACUUGCUGUAUUACAAUAAACAUGAUUGUAUAUGGGUAGUGUGUGUGUGUGUGUGUGUCUGUGUGUGUGUGUGUGUGUGUGUGUGUGUGUGUCUCUCUGUGUGUGUGUGUGUGUGUGUGUGUGUGUGUGUUUUAUUUGUGUUUUGUUUGUUUUUACAUGUUAGACACAAAACACAGCAAGUCUAGGUCUUGGUUUUGUUUGUUUUUACAUGUUAGACAUAAAACACAGCAAGUCUAGGUCUUGGUUUUGUUUGUUUUUACAUGUUAGACACAAAACA